AUGACACAUAGAACGCCACGUCAAUUGGUAUUUUCCAACGAUGAAGUCUGCUCAUCAACACGACUUUGGCUGCGUAAACUAUUUCAUCGCCGUUCAUAUGAUCGCCAUUACUGCACUUUUGUGACACCCUCUCCACUUUAUUUAGCUUGUCAAAAUAACGAUCUAGCAGGUGUGGAGUCAUGUCUGAAAAAAAUGAAGCUUGAAGAAAUCAACUACCAACAUCCACCGAAUAAUGAAACUGCUUUACACGUUGCAACACGAAAGCAACACAAGGAAAUGAUUGAAAUUCUUUUGCAGUAUGGUGUACAACCAUCACUGAGAAAUAUAGAAGGUCAAUGCGCUUAUGAACUAGCGGAAACGGAGAAAAUCAAAGAUUUAUUUAAACGUCCAGAAUCAUCCCGGUUCGCAUUUUUACACAGUUGUUAUAACAUCACUCCCUUAUCUCAGGAUAAAUUGAGUUGUAAAAGUUGCUUACUGGUCAACAAUAACACUAUGUAUGAAUGGGAGUUAGUGGAUAGAAAUGCAACACAGAAAGCAGUGAUAUUUCGUCGUGAAUUGAAAGCAUACUCAUCAAUGGGCGCAAAAUUUUGGAAAAAAAAGCUUUAUUCAUUAAAUAAAGGUUAUUUCACUGCACAUUCACAAGAUAUUUCCCCAGUAGAUGGUGCAGUUAUUCAGAAUUGUUUUAAACAGGCAUUGCUCGAACAGAAUCCCAACUAUCUUGUCAUUGCAUAUACCAGUUGCCAAAAAUUUUCAAAUUCUUUAAAUAUUGAUAUGGCACGCAAUGUGAUGCAUGCUUUGAACAACGGUUGUAGUCAAUUUUCGUGCCAAUGUCUCUAUUCAACGCAGGAUGGCACCAAAUCAAUUUCAAGUAUUUUUCUUCAUCAUCCAAACUUUCAAAAACUCGAUUUUAAAGGUGAAGUUUAUCGUGGUAUUGUUAUGCCAAAGCAUAAGUUUAGUCACUGCAAAGUUGGCUCUUCUAUUAUUACUACUACAUUUCUCUCAACAUCAAAAGACCGCCUCGUUGCUCAAGGUUUUGGUGAUAAAUGCGUGCUAAAUUCAGCUAUGCAUUCAUUUUUCUGCACCUACAUGAUAAUCAAUGACAGUCGUACUGCUAUUGAUAUAUCUAAACUAUCGACACAUCCAGAAGAGGAUGAAGUUUUAAUUUUGCCGUACUCACCUUUUCUUAUCACAAAAAUUGAAGAAAAAGAAGAAAUAACAAACAUUUAUUUAAAGGAGCAAUGCUCGGCUGACAUAUUUGAUGAAUGUGUUAUAGACUCUUCAGUUGAACUCGAGAAGAAUAGUAAUGUUUCAGAAAUAAUCCAUCUUUCAACACCAUAUCGACCAGCUGACAACGAAACAUUAGAUCUGAAUCAGAUAGCUGCAUCCGUUUGUACUUCACAGACUGCUGUUCGAACUGUAGUUCAACGAUGUGCAGGUGACUACGAAAUAAACAUUGUCGAUCUACAAGCAAAGAAGCCUCUCGACGUUCAAGCAAAGAUAAUUGCACGACCAAAGUCAAAUUCUAGGAAAAUGAAUUAA